AUGCCGCCGAGCGACCGCACCGAGCCAGCCGACGGCGGGUCGCGCCUCAUCGACUCGGACCAGCUGUUCAUACGCCUCAGCCUCGUCUACCACUGGCUGCAACCCGCGGUCGAGGGCCGCAGCAUCAUCCCCGCCGUCGAGAGGGCGCCGGCCUCCUUUGAGCGCAUCUGGCACGACCUGCUGCCCGACGAGCGCGAGCGUGCCGUCGACAUCCUGGUCUCUCGGUUCGCCGACCUCGAGGCGGGCGUUCCUCGUGGCUGGGAGAUGAUAACCUUCAACGCCGUGAAGGGCGCUGCCCGCAGGAGCUCGUUGCACGAACACCGCCAGUCCACUACCCGCCUGGGCCAGCUCAAGUCCCGGAUCGACGCGAUCGCUCGAGCUGCUCCGCCCGACGAGGCCGAGCAGGCCCAGUCGCUCAACGCGUACUACUUCGGCCCGGCGGGCUUCACGUCGGCCAAGCUGCGGCGCAUGAAGGACUUCGAGUGGGACUUCUGCUCCGACGAGCUGAGCAAGGUGCUCGAGCGCGUGCAGACGGGCGAGCCGAUUUCGGAAGCUUUGCCUGCCGUCGACACGAUCCUGUCCCGGGCGCACGAGGCCGCACAAUCGCCCGCCGAGCGCUUCGCCAUCUUCACGCGCAGCAUCGACGACCUGCUCAAGGUGUACCAGCUGCGUCCGCUCUCCAACGAGACGCAGGAGGGGCACUUGGAGAACCUGCGGGCCGCUCGCGAGACGCUCUUGAACGAGGUCGAGGCCACGUCGUUCGUCGAGCACCUUCACCCGGACCGACAGAUGGCGGCGGCGCGACUCGCGCGCGAGUGUCUUUUCCACUCGUGCAACGAGCACAUGUCGGGUCGACCUUUGCCCAGCCUGCCAAAAAUCAUCAAGGAGCUGUGCAACGCCGUCAUGGUCGACAUCCCUCAGCCGCACCCACACUCGCGUUCCGACACCCAAUCAGCGGCGCCGCACCCUUUCGCCCCGUCGACGACCUCUGCUGUUUUCCCUCCUCCUCCUCACUACCACAUGCGCUCCCUCGGCGUUUCGUCUCGAUCUCCCUUUUUCCCUAUCUCUCGCCGUAGCGCGUGGUGA